GCUCCGCGGGGCGGGCCGGGGCGGGGCGAGUCGGUCCAGCCAUGGCCGCGCUGCGCGUCCUUCUGCCCCGCGUCCGCGCGCCCCUGCGCCCCCCGCCCGCCCGCCCGCGGCGCGCCUUCGCCUCGGGCGCGGGCUUCGAGUACAUCGUCGUGGAGAAGAAGGGGAAGGUGGGCAGCGUGGGGCUGAUUCGCCUGAACCGGCCCAAGGCACUCAACGCGCUCUGCGGGGGGCUGGUCACCGAGCUCAACCAGGCGCUGGAGGCCUUCGAGCAGGACCCGGCCGUGGGUGCCAUCGUGCUCACUGGCGGGGACAAAGCCUUUGCAGCUGGAGCUGACAUCAAGGAAAUGCAGAACCAAACGUUCCAGAACUGCUAUUCCAGCCAGUUCCUGAGCCACUGGGACCAGGUGGCCCGUGUCAGGAAGCCGGUCAUCGCCGCUGUCAACGGCUACGCUCUUGGUGGGGGCUGUGAACUUGCCAUGAUGUGCGACAUCAUCUAUGCUGGAGAGAAAGCCCAGUUUGCACAGCCGGAGAUCUUGCUAGGAACCAUUCCAGGUGCAGGGGGCACUCAGAGACUGACCCGCGCCGUUGGGAAGUCACUGGCCAUGGAGAUGGUCCUCACUGGCGACCGGAUCUCAGCCCAGGAUGCCAAGCAAGCAGGUCUUGUGAGCAAGAUCUUUCCUGUUGAGACACUAGUUGAAGAAGCCAUCAAGUGUGCAGAGAAAAUCGCCAGCAACUCGAAGAUCAUUACUGCAAUGGCCAAAGAGUCCGUGAACGCAGCUUUUGAGAUGACGCUUACCGAAGGAAAUAAGCUGGAGAAGAAGCUCUUCUACUCAACUUUCGCCACCGCUGACCGGAAAGAAGGGAUGACAGCGUUUGUGGAGAAGAGGAAGGCCGACUUCAAAGACCAGUAGGAACUGGCUGCAUCUGCCAUACAGCCUCGACUUCAACAGGAAACUAGUCUGCCGGCCUCAGAAGCAAAGUCUGUCCCUCCGAAAGAUGCUCCUUGGGGCCAGCAUGUCCCUGUUGUUCCGCAGCCCAGACCUUGCGCAGUUCUGCUCACAGUGAGGGCUGCUGCCAAUGAGUUGUGCUAUGGGGAGGGUUUCACUUGGUGCUGGCGCAGGUGGUCUGUCUGCACCUCAGAUGGUGACCUGGUGGGAACUGGUGGGCAGGUGACACAGAGGGAAGAGUGGCGGCAUGUGGGCAGCUCCCUGCGCGCUGUUGACUAAAAUGGGCCUGAAAAUCACGCCGUGCCUUCUUUCACCAUUACCGAAUAAAUCCUGUCCCACUU